AUGAUCAGGAGGAUGAUGAUAGAUCCCAUAAGCAAAAGGAGGACAGCCAAUGUUACCUCAGCAUGGCGAUGUAUUGGAGGGAGCAACACACAAAUUUUCACCACAACCAAAUUACAAAGAGGAAACGAAGGAGAAAAGCAACAGAUAAGGACAAACAGUAUAUUUCCAAAUCCUUUGUCUACGUCGGGUAUUGGUCCCGUCACAUUGGGGGGAGGAAAUGAAGAUCAUAGUCCAGUAGAGCAUACCCCCAUUUACUCAACCUCCAAAAUGCUGCCUAUGGCAACAGCAGCUGUACCAUUGCACACAACUAUCAAUGUCCAGGACAUUGAAAUGUGCAAUACAUGGGCUGUACACGUAUCUCAAGUUGAUCAACGGCCUCCAAUUCCACGUCAUCACUCCUUGACAACAGUUCGCCAAAGGAGUAAUCAGUCUAUGCCUUAUCUUCCUCAUGCAAAAUCUCAAGGUCAUAUUCAGCAAGGGAUAGGGGAAGCUGUAUUCAACUGCCUGCAAAGUGCAAGCUUUAGUGUGCAACCUGAAAACCAAAAAUUGAAUCAAGCAGGCAUGGGGCACCAAAGUGCACCUCUCUCUUUGUUGGAAGUUAGCCAAUUGCAGUACCAAAAACAGCAACCUUCAGUGGUAAACAGCUUUGGUGCAAGUAGAAGUAGGAUGACCGACAAGAAUGUACCAGAUAUAUGGAUAUUGCAAACAGAAGAUAAGAAGAGAAAGCCUCCUGCAAAUAUGAAAGCCACUUUCAUAACCUUCAACUAUGCCAAGCCUGUAUAUAACUCACUUGGUGUGCACCAGAGUGGAGAGCUGGUUUCAACAGAAGGAUUCUCUUAUAAACAAUUUAUUAAAGGGGAAGACUCCAAUAAUGGCGCUUGUACCAGGCUAUCCCUGCUCAAGUUGAUGCAAGUGUGGAUGGAUGAGCUAACAGGCUUUGACCUUAACUAUUCCAACACUGCAAUAUUGAAGGAGCAUUCCCGUCAUGAGAAGGGAAAGGCUGCUGAAGACAACACUUCGCCACUCUCUACUGCUUGGAGCCAGCGUAACGACAUGUGCAAUGAAUCAGUUAAUGAAACAAGUAGAAUGUUUAGUGCAGUGUCUUCACAGUUUUCUGCCGUCACUCAAACAUUAAAAGCGGGAAUUGACAAUAAUGCUAAGGAACUGAGGCAAAUACAUCAGGCAAUGCAGGCACAGCAAGGAUCUGCAAAGAAACAGGGUCGUUCCACUGCCACUAUUUUGCAUUUUGUUUACUUAUGGAUUGCUCCUCCACCAUCUGACAAAGAGAAUGACAACUUUGAAUGUCUGGCAUCGGGGAGAAUCUGGGUGACACCGCAAAGUUUCAGAAUUGACCUGUCUCAAUCCCGCAAUCCGCCCUUCAACCACCAUUGUCGACUAGAGAUGUUGCAACAAUCUUCACAUAGUACUAGAAAGCUAUACAAGGCUCGACUCAAGAUCAUCACUCAACAAACUAAUUUGAACAAGCAUUAUGAUCCGGUGAAGUGCCUGGGAUCCCAAGGUGUCAGCUCUGAUGAGUCUGAUCCAGAACACUCUGAGGACAAAGAUGGUCUUGAGGAUUCUUACAACAUUUUUGCAAGGAAAUUUGUAAGGAUAUACCCAACAUGGCAAAAUGAUCAGCUAGCCGGUUUUAUGUGGAACCUGGAUACUUGGGUACAACACAGAUGUGAGCCAAGGAUAGGACAUCAAACAAUCUGA